AUGUCAAAUAUCAAAACAGUGGAACCCGAAUAUAUCACUAUCCUCCUACCUGACCUAUUCCAGACAUUCCUCAAGGAGACACCACAAGUGAAUCCUCAAUAUGAAACUGUCAAAGUGGAGUCGGAAGAAGCACUGGGCAGCUUUUGUGAUUUUGGUCCGAAAAUGAAGAAGAAGAUCAACAAAUGUGAUUUCUCAUAUUUCUGUGCCAUUGCCGCUCCGCUUGCUUCUCGAUCGAGGUUUCGAACAUUAUGUGACUGGGGAAACUGGGUCUUUCCAUACGAUGACAUGUUUGACAAUGGACACCUCCGCGAUCGACCGGUAGAAUCUCAGCGCGUCAUGGAAAGCCUGAUGAUGCCCAUGCUGGAUAACUCCUCUGGGAAGGACAUUGGCGUCGAAGACCGCCUGCGGAUUGUAAAAUUCCACGACACUGUUGUCAAAAGAAUGGCCAUUAAAACACCCAUCGGCAUCCGAAAGAGAUUUGCCCUCGCGAUGCAAGGAUACUGCCGAGGCGCACUGGUACAUAUCGAAAAUCAGUUCUCUGGAAAGCGCCCCACGCUCGAAGAUAUCGCCAUGAUCCGCCGACAGUCCGCCGGCUGUAAACCCCUAUACCACCUUAUCGAAUACGCGCAUUGCUUGCGGGUGCCAGACGAGGUUUUUGAUCACCCAGUCAUCCAGGAGCUGGAGAAUCUCGGUAUGGACAUGGUAGCCAUAUCAAACGAUAUCCUGUCCUAUCGUAAAGAACAAGAAGAAGGCGUACCGCACAACAUGGUCACAGUCUGUCGACUCAAUGGAAUGUCGGCACAACAGGCAUUUGAUAAAGUAGGCAGACUCCUUGAAAACCGCUACCAGCGCUGGGACAGGGCUGAGGCCAGUGUCCCGAGCUGGGGAGAGGAGGCUGAUAUCCAAGUCCGAAAGUACAUCGAGGGCAUUAAAUGCGUAGUCAAGGCCAAUCUCAACUGGAGGUGA